AUGGCUUCCCUCUUCCUCUCACAACCUGCCCGAGAUGUUUUUAGGCUGGAAAGGCGUCUUCUGGUCAGCAUUCAUUCAAAGGAUGACGAGGCUAAGAUCCUAGAAGGCCGGAGCCUUGUUGGUGCAUUUUUGAGGGGAUCUCCUUUCAACAUUACUGCAUUCAAAAGAAGCGUAGCGGCUCAGCGAGCCAGCAGAGCGUCAUUUUCCAUGAUAUUUCAUUCAAAGUGUGCAGGAACCCUGCGCCCGAGCGUGCAGGCUUCAGCGGUGACCCCCGGCCUAUUCCUAGAGUCUCAAAGUUGGGAAAUCUGGACUAAACAAAUCCGUUACCAAUGUGCUGGGAUGCCAUGCUGGCGGUUCGAUUUCUCCUUGCAUUCAUGCCGCUUGAUUCCUCCUAGAACCCGUGGGAGUCCCAACCCAAAAGCAACGGCGUGUCUGGCAGCGUCGAUGCAUGGGAAGCAGAACGUCUGGAAUGCCAGACUAAAUUUCACGUUCGGUAUUACAAUCCACGCUCCAGUAGCUGUUGACUCUGGAUACUCCGUCUGGAUGGCUACCUCGAAUCCUGAAAGUAGGAAAACCCGGUCUUCGAGCCAGUUUCCAGAAGUCGACGACCAGGCUACCGAAGAAACCGGUAGUAGCUAUGGAGAUAAUGGAUCCAUUUCCAGCGAUGCAGAAAAGUAUCUCGGGAGAAUGGAGAACAACAGAAGAUACCAUCUAUACCGGGAAGGCUCCUAUCUCUUACCCAACGAUGACAAAGAGAACGAACGGCUAGAUAUCCACCACGCGCUGGUGAUGACUAUCAUGGAUGAGAGACUGUUUCUCGCGCCCGUUAAAAACCCCACGAAGGUCAUUGAUCUCUGCACCGGCUCCGGCAUUUGGGCAGUGGAAUUUGCGGACAUGUUUCCCGAAUGCGAAGUGAUUGGAAACGACCUCUCACCAACCCAACCCUCACUAGUGCCACCAAACUUGCAAUUCAUCGUUGACGACGUCGAAGCGGAUUGGCUGUAUGAAGACACCCCGUUUGACCUCAUCCACGCUCGCUACCUGGCUGAAUCCAUCCGAGAUAUGCCCCGAUUACUGGAGCAGGCCUACAACUGCACGAAACCUGGGGGAUGGGUCGAAUUCCAUGAUUGGGACACGCAUCCUUACUCUGUCGACGGAUCGUUAACGGGCACGGACCUCGAGCAUUACUAUAACGUGGUCCUGGCCGCAUUUAUCAAGCAGGGGUAUUACACGCAGCCCGGAAAGCAUCUUGAACAGUGGAUUACCGAUGCUGGCUUUGUAAAUGUCCAUGUCAAGAAGUAUCGGGUUCCGCUGGGGACGUGGGCAAAGGGAGGGAAAAAUGUGCGUAUCUGA